CGGUGACGCGGCCCCAGGUCAGGGCUGAGGCGCGGCGGAACCGUGAGGCGCUGUCAGAGCCGCGCUGAGAGGGUCCGCCCAGCUCCGCACCGGGAUCCGCCGCCGCUGCCAUGGAGCCCCAUCGCUGGCUGCCCCUGGAGGCCAACCCCGACGUCACGAAUCAGUUCCUGAAACAGUUGGGUAUACAUCCUGACUGGCAAUUUGUAGAUGUUUAUGGUAUGGAACCAGAACUGCUUAGCAUGGUGCCAAGACCUGUAUGUGCAGUACUACUUCUCUUUCCAAUAACAGAAAAGUAUGAAACCUUCAGAACAGAAGAAGAAGAGAGGAUAAAAGCUAAGGGACAAGAUGUCAAAUCAUCAGUGUAUUUCAUGAAGCAGACCAUUAACAAUGCUUGUGGGACAAUUGGGCUAAUUCAUGCUAUUGCAAACAACAGAGAUAAAAUGAACUUUGAAACUAAUUCUUCACUGAAAAAGUUCCUAGAAGAUUCAUUAUCUAUGACUCCUGAAGAGAGGGCCAAAUACCUAGAAACUUACGAAGCUAUUCGUGUCACUCAUGAAUCCAGUGCCCAUGAAGGUCAGACUGAGGCACCAAGUAUAGAUGAAAAAGUAGAUCUUCACUUUAUUGCAUUAGUUAAUGUAGGUGGUCAUCUCUAUGAAUUGGAUGGGCGCAAGCCAUUUCCAAUAAACCAUGGGGAAACCACUGAUGACUCUUUUUUAGAGGAUGCAAUAGAAGUUUGCAAGAAAUUCAUGGAACGUGACCCAGAAGAAUUAAGAUUUAAUGCAAUUGCACUGUCUGCAGCUUAAAAGCCUUUUCCUUUGAGGCAACUCUAUUGCAAUGUAUUGUAAGAAUAAAACUGUUGCCAUAUGUUAAUAGUACAAAUUUUGAUACUUCCCUAACAUCUUGACUAAUUGUAGCAUACGUGGAAUAAACUUUGCAUUUGUCCUUGCUAUA